GGGGUCCACUGAAAAACCAAAGCAAAUAUAACACACACACACUCUUUGCUGUGUGAUAAUAGACAAUAGACAGGGUCGUAUGGUAUGGUGAUGAAGAAGAAGAUGAUGAUGAUCUCAUUCUCAUGAUCCUAAAUUUGUUGUUCUUUCAUUUCUAGAGGGCGAGAUCAGCCAUUUUCUACUUCUGGAACCGGCUUUUGCUGGCAUAUUCUUGUUUGAAAAUUUCCAAUUUUCUUCACUUUUUUUUAUCAACACCGAAGAAAGAGUCAUAGUCAGAGACAUGGACGGAGACAGAGUCAAGUGUUUUAGGUGGGAAUAUAGAACACGAGUCGGUAGACUCAAAACUGCAAAUACCUUCCCAUUUACCACAGAAUUUUGAACCCGUUUACCUGAGCUAGCUAUGUCUUUGCUUUUGUGUUUUUUUAUUCAAUCUCUCUCUCUCUGAACUCAAGAGUGAGUGAGCAAUACAAUACAAUACAAUAGCAUUAGCAACAAAAAUGAAAUGCUUUGAUUGAUUGAUUGAUGGGUGUGGGUCAAAAUUCUGUACUUUUCAUCUCACAGCAUACCCUUUUGGCGAUAUGAUAAGGGAAGAAGGGAAGAACAUGGAGAAACCCUCUGCCGGUGUGGUGGGUCGGAAAACAUAUUCUCGCUCUGUUUCAUGGACUGAUGGAUCACCGAGUCGCCGGAAGCCACCACCGCCGUCACAACCACCUUCUUCAAACUCAAGUAACAAACCACCACGACCGUUUCUACCACCGCUUCAGCCACUCUCAAUCAGCAAGCGCAGCGCGGAGGAAUGGCCUAGUGCAGGAUCUGACGAUCUCGGAGUUUGGCCUCUUCCACAAACCCCAAGAGGGACCUCCAUCAAUGAAUCCACCAAUGAUUUUCAGUUCAAGAGGGACAAGUUGGCCUUCUUCGACAAAGAGUGUUCCAGAAUCGCCGACCAUGUCUACUUAGGGAGCGACACGGUGGCCAAGAACCACCAACUCCUCCGCCAAAACGGAAUCACCCACGUCCUCAACUGUGUCGGGUUCGUUUGUCCGGAGUAUUUCAAGAGCGAUUUUGUCUACAAGACGCUGUGGUUGCACGACAGCCCCACUGAGGACAUCACGAGUAUCCUCUAUGAUGUGUUUGAUUACUUUGAGGAUGUUCGAGAGCAAGGUGGGCGUGUUCUUGUUCAUUGCUGCCAGGGGAUUUCUCGAUCAACUGCUUUGGUGAUUGCUUACCUCAUGUGGAGGAAGGGGCAGAGCUUUGAAGAUGCGUUUCAGUUUGUGAAGAGUGCGAGGGCUGUGACUAAUCCCAACAUGGGUUUUGCUUGUCAACUCUUGCAGUGUCAGAAACGGGUGCACGCUAUGCCGGCGAGUCCGAAUUCGGUUGUUAGGAUGUACCGGAUGGCUCCUCACUCGCCUUAUGACCCUCUUCAUCUAGUUCCUAAAAUGGUGAACCAGCCUGGUGCACGAGCUCUUGACUCUCGCGGGGCCUUUAUUGUCCAUGUUCCGUCGGCUAUUUAUGUUUGGAAUGGGAAACAUAGUAACUCGGUGAUGGCGUGCAAUGCGAGGAGUGCGGCGUUUCAGGUCAUCCGUUAUGAGAGGGCGAACGGUCCAAUUCAGAGCAUCCAUGAAGAUGAAGAACCACCUGAGUUCUGGGUUGCUCUGUCUGAUGAGCAACGAUUAUCGGGUGGUCUUGACAAAGCGGAGGCCAUGGAGGAAGAACCAGUGUUGCCUUCUGAAAGCAUGGAGAUUGAUCAUAGAAAAGUUGAUGCAUAUGAUUUGGAUUUUGAGAUUUUCGACAAGGCGCUUUCUGGUGGGGUUGUUCCACCCUUUUCUGUGGCUAAUGUUGAAUCAGAAACUUGCCUUCCGGCUAGAGAACAUGGCUGGGGAAUACUGAGGCAGAGGUUUGCCAGUGGUGUUAUGAAAGAUUUGCUCACAUCCCCUAAAUGGACCUGUGAUGCAAUCUCAUCCAGUGAUCAUCAAUCCAGAGUUGUCGUGGAAGAAGAAAACCAAGAUCUUGUAGCUGGCCCUUUGUCUCCAUCAUCAUCAAGUCAACCAUGUGGUUCACCAGAUUCCUUUGAAUGUUCUCCAGAUCACAACUUAGGAAGUCCUAAAGAUGUCGUUGAAGUCACGGAUUUCUCUGUUCUUGGUGUUGCUUCUUCACUACCAUUAUCCCCCGCCGGCAUAUCAAGCCCUUUUCCUUCUUUUCUAAGCAGCAACAACAACAGCCCCAAAUUCUAUUCCAAGUCACCAACACUUUCGCCUUCAAGUUCUGACUACGCAAGUUCUUUCACAUUCUCACCUUCAUCUACCAAUUGGUCGGACUUAUCAUUCGUCUCUUCUCGGCAGCCAUCACCAUCUGGAAUAGAACCAACUGAACCAUUCCAUGUUAAAGACCUAUUUUUCUCAGGAACUUCAUCUUUAUUUCACAAAGAAGUGGUCUCUUCACCUUCAGAAUCAUUUUCCGUUAAUCACACCUUGGGAGGGGCAAACUCCAAUUUGCCACUAAAAGGGUCUUCUCUCUCCAUCGCAGAGCGCAGAGGGAGCAAUCCACCACCGCGGAUGUUGCUAUCCUCGGUCAAUGAAUCCUCUCAUGUCCACAGGAACCUGGAGGACCGCCCCUAAUAACAUUCAAAAGAUUUUCCCCAAAAUAUUUGCCCAUUUCUAUACUGAAAUGAGGACAUGAAGCAUGCAUUGCAGAUGGUAAUGUUGGUAAUUUGUUCAUAUGUACCAUAAAACAUGUAAUCUGGGGAAAAGUGUCACAAAAUAGAUAUAUACAGCCCAAGGGUAGAUUUGCUUCUUAAAGUUGAUUCUGUGACCUUAAACGUGCCAUUGUGGGACCCAGCGCACUGCCUCUCAUGGCCCUGUAGGACCAUGACCGUGUGCCUGUGGUCUCUUCUUUGGUCCAGCCAUUCUCCUGAGAAAGCUUGGCCUUCUUUGCAUUUAAUGCCUCGUUAAUUUCAUCCCAGACGCUUACUCCACCAUUUUCUGUAAAGAGAUCCACAUGUAAGUUUAGUGUAUCAAGAUGUUUUCAUGUUUCUAAACACCACA